CUUGAUCUAUCCCUUUUCUACAUUUAUUAUUAUUAUUAUUAUUGCAAAAACAAAGGCACAGACUUUUGCCCUUUUUCUCUUCAAGGGCGAAAUAUUGGGCAUCCAAUACAAUCUCGAAAGCCUCUGAUUCUAGAUUGGUGAUUGUGUGAAUUGGUUGUGGAAUGCAUUAGUUGUGUUGGUAAAUUAGGAAAAAAAUUGUAUUAUGACGUGAGCUAUGGUGAGUCCUACAUGGAAGAAGCUGGUGUGUUGGAGGCCGUUUGCGGAGAAGGAAGGAGAGAACAGUAGCAAUGGAGGCGGCGGCUCCAGCGGCCUUGCUGACAGCUUGUGGUGGCACAAGGAUUUCGGGUACCAUCACUACGGCGAAUUCUCUAUGGCUGUUAUUCAAGCUAAUGUUAUUCUAGAAGAUCAAAGCCAGCUUGAGUCUGGCCCAAUGAGUUCCACUGAGUCAGGCCCUUAUGGUACAUUCGUUGGAGUUUAUGACGGCCAUGGUGGUCCUGAAACUGCACGCUUUAUAAGAGAUCGUCUAUUUCAAAAUUUGAAAAAAUUCACAGCAGAAAAUGGAGAUAUGUCAGCUGAUGUUAUAAAAAAUGCUUUUAUCGCUACAGAGGAGGAAUUUCUUUCUUUGGUUAGGAAGCAAUGGGACAUUAUGCCCAAAAUGGCGUCUGUGGGGUCCUGUUGUUUGGUGGGCAUCAUAUGUGGAGGACGACUGUACAUUGCAAAUGCAGGAGAUUCUAGGGCGGUCUUGGGGCGAUUGUCUAAGGCUGAACGAGAAGUCAAAGCCAUUCAAUUAUCAACUGAACAUAAUGCAAAUUUGGCAUCUGUUCGUGAUGAAUUACAUACGUUGCAUCCAGACGAUCCCGGCAUUGUUGUCUUGAAGCAUAAUGUUUGGCGUGUCAAGGGCAUCAUUCAGGUGUCAAGAUCAAUUGGUGAUGCAUACUUGAAGAAAUCAGAGUUCAAUAAACCACCUUUGCUGCCAAAAUUCAGGCUGCCGGAACCAUUUGAGAAACCGUUGCUUUUGGCUGAACCGUCAAUCCUCAUUCAGGAACUUCUCCCUCAUGAUGAAUUUAUCAUAUUUGCUUCUGAUGGGCUAUGGGAACACCUUAGCAAUCAAGAAGCAGUCGACAUUGUCAACUCCUCGCCACGAAAUGGAAUCGCAAGAAAACUAGUAAAAGCCGCGUUGCAGGAAGCAGCAAAGAAAAGGGAAAUGAGAUAUUCGGACUUGAAGAGAAUUGACCGUGGAGUGAGGAGGCAUUUCCAUGACGACAUCACUGUUAUAGUUCUCUUUCUAGACUCCAAUUUAAUCAGCAGCAGCAGCUCCCAUAGAGGGCCAAUUCUCUCAGUGAAAGCUAAUGGAAGUAACACCUAGCACAGCCUUGGCUUCUCAAGAAGACACGAAACUUGAGGUCGACCUCUGCGUGCCUAACUUGGAUUGAGCAGAAAAGGGGAAGAAGAUAUGCAAAGGGUGUGCAAUUUGGUCAGUUGGCCUUUCUCUCUCCUCAAACUUGAUAUAAAUGUUGAUGAUUAUGCCAGGAAGAUGCAUAGGGAAGAAGAGAUCAGUCACUGUCAAGAAUAUUUUAGCUGACUGGCAUAUGAAACAGAUGAAAUCGGAUAUAAUUUUUUUUGUAAUAAUUAAAGUUUAAUCAUCAUACAGAUUUUCUGCUUCUUUUGAUCUAUCUUCUUUCUGUUGACAUGUAAAAAAUUCAGUUUUGGUUUAAAGAAAACAGAUUCCAUCA